UAAGAAAAACAAUGUAGAACUUACCUUUAUAAAAACUAUUUGGUUUUCCAGAUAGAACACUCGCUGCCAGUGCAGAUGACAUGGAAGAAGAACCAGAAAAGAUGACAGACAUAUUUUUAGGAAAUAAGGUUUUUGUUCUUGUCACUGGAAGAACAUUAAAUGUUGAUAAGAAAUUCAUGGAACAUCUUAAACAACAAAAAACAGAUCUGCAGGAGGUGGAAAAUGUAGCUGAGUGCGAUUAUGUUCUGGUUUUCUGUCCUAUUGUGUCACGAGCUGGAACUGACAUUGAAGCGGCAUUGAAAAAGCUUCAGGAUAUUGCAGGUUCCAAACCUGCUCUUCUAGUGGUGCUCCAUCACACGUUUGAUAAAGAUUAUGUUGUACCAGACAGCAGCAGAGCUGUAAAAAGGAAGAAUUCACUCACAGUAGACUGUCUGUUCCAUGAAGAUCAAGGAUUACUUCAGUGUACAAAAAAUGAUGAAUCACUGGGAAAAAUUCUAAGCAGUAUAAAAGAGGGGUCAUGGUGGAAUUCUUCCUGGCUUUGGUCUUGGUGGACUUCAGAUGGCAGUAAGGACCAAAGCCAGAGUAAAGAUCCAGAAACAAAUGAGAAAGAUUCUGUUCAGAGGAUUUUGGUAUUAGGGAGAAAUGACGCUUGGAAAAGUUCAUCAAAAACAAUCGUCCUAGGGAGAGAUGAGAGGAACCAGGAGAAUGAGAGCAUGGAGGAGGAGGUGGCUGGGAGAAAGGUGACUGUUGUGGAGACCCCUAACAUUUUCUCAGCUGAACUUGCUCAGGAGAAAAUUAGAAAGGAUGUGGAAGAAGCUAUCAAUCUGUCUAAGCCCGGACCCCAUGCCUUCCUCCUGAUAAUACCUGUAAAUCUUUCAGAAGACAACAAAGUUAUGGUAGAGAAUUUAAAAGUUACUUUCUUAAAGAUGGAAGAGAUCUUUGGAGAGAGGUUCUGGAAACACACCAUGAUCAUAUUCAGUGUUAGUGAUGAAUAUCUGAAGAAGAAGAUUAUGGAGUUUAUCCAAUCAGGAGACCAGGAGGUCCAGACACUUGUACAGAAAUGUGAGUACAAGUAUGACUUUCUCAUGACUAAGGACAAUGAAGUUGGUAAAAAGGAAGAAUUUAAAGAAUUUAAGAAUUUAAAGUAUCUGCUGGAGAAGAUAAAAGAAGGUGAGGUAAAGGACUUCUACAGUAGUGAGGUUUAUCUGAAGACACUAGCUUUGAUUGGAGGCAUUGAGAAAAAGAUCAACAAUGAACUAGAGAAUCAAGAUGAUCCAGCGAAUGAACUGAUGAGAAACAUAGAACAGAAGAACAAAGGAGAAACAAAGAGAAAGAGAAAGGCCGAACAAGAAGAGACAGAGCAAAGUCCAAAAGUGGGGAAAAUUGUUGAAGAACUAAAGGGCAAGAUGGUGAUUCAAAAAGUGAAUGAAGAGUGCACAGAGACAGAGAGAAAGUCUGAAAUGAAGACUUUCCUGUCUGGAAUCUGGAGAGAUAUUUUGAAUUCUAGCAUGAAGAUGCAAGAAGAGAUUGAAGAAAAGGAUAGACAGUUCAAGGAAGAUAAUAAAAUCUAUAGAGAAUUGCUUGACAAGUUUCUUUUUCCUGACGAAUCUAAAAAUCCAGGAAUGUAAAUCCUCUUUUUCCUCAUUUUUCCUAUUCCAAUUAAUUGUAUUCCUUAUUUGCAAUUCUAAUUACCAAUAAUAACAAAUAAAUUGCAGUGUUAUAUGUAGUAGAUAAUGAGUAAUCGUUGUAUUUUACUGUCACUGUCAGACCUUUUAACUUUGCCUUGUGCUAUAAAUUAGAAAAUGCUACCAGUUCAGCCCUGAAUACAUUACCUGAUAUUUCUCUUGUGAUAGGUCACUCUGUAUCUCAUUACAUACACCGCUUAUAAACGCUUAUAAACACCUUCAUUUGUCUAUUGUGAGUUAAAAUCAUACAUAUAUGAAUUCUGUUUCCAAUCGUUGUCUCCCAGUCCAUCUUGUACUCUCCAAAGCUCUUGCCUUUGCAAUAUAUCAAAGUGUGUAUCGGAUAUCGAAUAAAAA